AUUUCAUGUUUGAACGUCCUUUAAAGACACUUCAACAAUCUUUAUUUAAUGUGUUAGAAAAUGCCCAAGAUUAUGUUGCUGAUAUCUGCUUCGAAUACCCAUCUACAAAGAUAUGGGCACAUAAAGGUUAGACUCCAUUUACAUUUUUAUUCUUUUACUGACACGUACAUUAAGCUAUUUUAUUGGCUAGAGUGCCUUUAGCCUUUAGAGAAAAAUACCUGCCAGACUUGUUAACAUCAAAUACAAUAGAUAUCAGCCCGGUGAUACCUUAUACAACCCUUCGGCGACUACUCCGAUUCUGGUACACAGCAGAUUUUGACGCACCUCAUGACAUAUCCAUAAACUCGCCUUCUGCUAUUCAGUCUCAAGUGGUCUUGAAUAACAUGCGUCAAGAAAUACUACAGUUUGAAUCUCAGCUGGGUGUACCUCUUUUGCCUAAUCAUGAAGCAGAUCAGGAUAAAGAACAGUGGAUAUCCGACUUGAAGCGCAUGAUUGAUGAAAAACUCUGUACAGAUGUCGUAUUAAAUAUAUUUCAAGUGAAUAACCAACAAUCAACGCAACAGGAUUCAGAGAAAACACAACAUGCCUUUCCUGCCCAUCGUUUCAUUCUGGCCAGUCAAUCCAGUUACUUCUACUCAGUCUUUUGCACAGAAUUUCGAGAAGCAUCUACCUCUUCUGUUCAUUUACCUUCUGAUCUAUUCUCACCUACCACUUUACAAGUCAUUCUCUAUUACUUUUAUACCGACAAGCUUAUUCUACCCCCUCUCACUUCCAGCACGCACAAUAAACAGCUAACUCGGUUAAACGAAAAGAAACAUGAAUUACGUAUCCUUCAGAAAGUGUUUGCCGCAGCUGAUUACCUCGGUCAUUACAACACCAUCUGCUUGGCCGUUCUGGUAAGAAUGCAAACCCUCUGUCAUCAGUUCAAAUGCGUCUGUCAAGACUGUGCUCCCCUCUUACCCUUUAUGCUUUUAUUUGCUGAUAAACAAGAAAAGUAUCUGGCAAAUCUCAAAUCUCAUCUGAUCACACUCUAUUCAGAUCCACUUGAAUCACUUGCUCCUCUGUGGUCACAAAAGCCAUUUGCGAUCCUUGUUCAGACAAACAAACCAUUUGUUCAAGAAAUUGCUGACACUACUUCUGCUAAUAUAACCAAGCAUAACGCUGUCCGUGUGUUGCACUCACUUCAUCUCUGUCUUUCAGCCCUUCGAGGUGCAGAUCCAAUUCCUACCUGGUCACAACCUCUGCUCAACAUCCUCCAUACCUUUUUACAUCAGACAAUCGAUAUGAUUUCCAACCACUUUGAAUACUAUUGCGUCGAGUAUCCUAUUUUACUCUCUUGCGUCGAUGGUAUCGGUUUCGGUUUCUCGGUCGAUUUUCUUGAAUUCGUCCUCGCCAAGGUCUUGACCGACGGUAUUCAUGACGGAAACGCUGCCUCACUUUACCAAGGUAUCGUCCGUGAUCUCGGUGGAAGACAAGAGAUGGUCAAGAAUGUUGCCGUAGAUGGUGUCCUGACCGAGGCAAGGGCCAAAUGUGCUCAGUACAUUGCUAAACGAUGGAUGAUGAUCAAGGCCGAGGGUGGUUUUCAAAUGAUUGAAAAGGAAGUCUUGAAAGAGUUGGCUGAUGACAUCAAUGUGCCCUGUCGUAACUUGACAAAACCAAUGGAGAAUGACUUUUCGACCAUCUUUAGCUUUAAACCCAAAAAAGCGUCCACGACACAACCUGUCAAUGUGAUACCGGCCAAAGCAACUGUUGAGCAGCAGCAGCCUGCGCUUAAACGGCUAUCGACUCAGACCCAGGAAAUAGAAGGAAACAAACCAUCUCGGGAAGGAGGUCGCUUGAGAUCUCUCUCCGCCUCAAAUACAGCCACACCUUCCAUCCUUCGAAAAUCUCAAGAACCUGACGAAGAUACCAGCAAGACACCCUUUCAGCGGACCAAGCGUCAAGGGUCUCACUCGUCCCUUACAGAGGCUCUCUUGCCUAUCGACAAGGACGUCUUGACGACCGAAUCCUCCGCGCCGUCUGCACCCCGACAAACUCGCUUAAAGUUUGCAUUGCCUGAUACCCCUACGCGUCCUCACCGUGCGACGAUGCAACAGCAAAAGAAACGCACUAAAUCGCCCAAGAGCCGAUCGAGAUGGUCGCUCGGGUAUAAUACCAGUGAUAGCAGUGAUGAUGAAGCAACGGCCACCAUUGUGCCCGAAAUUGGACAAAAGGUCGAAUUGCUUCGUAGACCGUUGCCGACGUUGGGUACGAUCAAGUAUAUUGGUAUGGUCGAGUUUUCAAAAGGAACUUGGGUUGGAAUCGAACUCGAGUCUAGAGGUAAAAUAAGAUUCCCAAUUGUAUAUCCUCCUAACUUUUUUUUUUUAAUUAGUGGGGAAUAAUGAUGGGUCAGUUAAUGGUACGCGAUACUUUCAAACUUUCCCUCAACGCGGCGUCUUUGUCAGAUUGGAUGAUUUCAAAAUCAUUUCACCUACGUCUGAAAAGAAAUAAUGAUACUAUAUGAUAAUAAUAAUAAAUUGACGUCUGUGUAUAUUU